UAAAUGCCUCCAAACCAAACCCAAUAUAUACCAACUCCUUGUUUUCUUAAUUAUAUAUUUCUUGAAUCUAUCCUCCCAUCAAACUCAGCCCCAUAUUGAAUUUUAAAUAUGCCUUCCUCCCUUCAAUUCUACCGCUACACCACCGCUAAGCCCUCCGCCGCCUUUAACGCAAAGACCCACUUCGUUUCGCACCCGUGUGCGCUUACAGACCACAAGCAUGCAGUGGCGUCGGACCAGUGCAGCUCUGUCGUGGUGCAGACCAUCGACGCUCCGGUGGCUUUAGUUUGGUCGUUGGUCCGGCGAUUCGACAACCCACAGAUGUACAAGCAGUUUCUCAAGAGUUGCCGGAUUGUCGAUGGCGACGGUGUGUCGGUUGGGACGAUUCGUGAGGUGCAGGUGGUGUCAGGUCUGCCGGCGCUGUCGAGUAGAGAGCGGUUGGAGAUUCUCGAUGAUGAAAAGCACGUGUUGAGCUUUAGCAUCGUGGGAGGAGAGCACCGACUGAAGAAUUACCGGUCGGUGACGAGCUUACACGUGUCACCGGGAGGCGGAGGAACGGUGGUGGUGGAGUCGUACGUGGUGGAUGUGCCGCCGGGAAAUACGAAGGAAGAAACGUGCGUGUUCGUAAAUACGAUUGUGCGGUGCAAUUUACAGUCGUUGGCUCGAGAAUCAGAGAACAUUGCCAAAGCAAAAAUCAAAAACAUGUAAAAUCAUAUACAAUUUAGGCAUAAUGUAGAUAAUCAAACGCUAAUCGCUCCAUUUUUUUUUUUUUUUUGGUUGGUGGAAACCGACUUUAACUUGCAUUGGUAUCUUAUUCGUUUUUUUCUUUUCCUCCUUGGAAUGGUAGUUAUGAUCUUUAUCAAGGGCUGGACUUUUUUGAAAUUUAUGAGAAAUUUAUGCCCUUUUUUCUAUUAUGUG